AUGCCGGUCAAUGAUGAGGCCAACGUGCCCAAUUCCCGCCAUCCCAAGGAUCUGAAGGGACUCCUCAAGUUCUGCAUGGAAACUACGCGUAAUGAGGAUGCCCCGGUCGAUAUCCCCAGCACUUACAAGCAAAUGGAUCCGGAGCGGAUGAAAUGGCUCGAAGAGUUCCUGAACUCGGCCAGCGUUGAUGUCAUCCAACAAUUGACCCUAUGCAUCUCGACUUUGAGUGAAGACAAAGUCUUGAAUCCCGAUAUCCAAGAAGAGGACCUGGCAGACCAGGAGUUGGCUUUUGGAGCGGCCGAAGAUUGGACAGGUCAAAUUGAUAUGGCCAACAAUUUUCACAAACUGGGUGGAUUCCAAGCCCUCGAAAUGUGCAUGCGAUCACCCCAUUCGUUGUGUCGACAAGGUGCUUGCCAUUUAGUAGGAGAAUUGACUCAAAACAACACAUAUUGCCAGGGAAAAGUUGUAGAGGAAGAGUUUCUACCCAAAUUAUUGACCAUACUGAAUAGUGAUCCGGACGGAAGUGCUCGAGUGAAGGCCAUGUAUGCAAUAUCGUGUUCAAUACGAGCUUUUGAGCCCGCGUACGAAGCGUUUUGCGGCCUAGACGGGUUUAAACAAGUGUGCGUCUCCUACGAUCAAGCUAAUGAGAAACUAAAAACCAAACUAUCUUACUUUCUCUUGGCCAUGUUGCGGGAGAGAGCUUCUUUCUUAAGCACGUGUCUGGCAUUGGACGUGCCAAAAAUCUUGGUUCGAUUGAUGAGUCAGGACACGUCUCCGAGGAUCUCUUCUGAUUGCGAGACCCACGCUCAGCUUUUAAAAGCCAUCGUCUCUGCUCAUCCAUCCACUGGCAAUGACAUCGCCACUCAGCAUCCCAACUUUACCGAGCAUCUCCGACAAACUGUUGAGUGGGCUGAGGGUAAACCCGAGUUCUACGACUACUGCAUUCUGGCUUUGGAUCUCAUUGAAAUAUGCGGGUCAGCUCUCACAGACGAUGAAAAGACCCAAAGAUGCAAUUUGCAAGCCAUGAUUUAAUCCACAUAUGCUAAUCCGGGCCAAAUCAUUAACAAAAUCAACAGGGAAUAAAAUUUAUGCAUAAAUCAUUAACACA